AUGGCGACCGCGUUGCAUUUUUCCGGAGUAAAAACUCCGUGCCCUGCAUCUGCAUCCUCAGAAAGAUCUUUGCAAUACAAGCAACCCUUGUGGUCUCAACAACUCCGUUUUGCAACUUGUGUAGCUUCCAACAACGGAUUCUAUACAAGUGCAAAAAACUUUUCUUGUACAAGUAGAGUUUUGAGAGUCAGCUGUGAGGGAGGAGGAAUCACGGAUCUUCUUGAAAAGAAACAGACUGACAAUCAAUGUCUUGGCGAAAAUGAGAAACAAUUGACGUGUGUUAUGAAAUUUGGUGGCUCCUCGGUGGCUUCUGCAGAGAGAAUGAGAGAGGUUGCUGAUCUUAUACUCAGCUUCCCGCAAGAGAGGCCUGUCAUUGUUCUAUCUGCCAUGGGAAAGACAACUAACAAGCUCCUACUGGCAGGAGAAAAGGCUGUCAGUUGCGGUGUUACUAAUGUCUCUACUAUUGAUGAGUUAAGCUUCAUAAAAGAAUUACAUCUCAGGACUGUGGACGAACUUGGAGUGGACAGCUCUAUCAUUUCAUCACACUUGGAAGAACUAGAACAACUUCUGAAGGGAAUCGCUAUGAUGAAAGAACUGACUUUACGGACAAAAGACUAUUUGGUUUCAUUUGGGGAAUGCAUGUCCACAAGGCUCUUUGCUGCUUAUUUGAAUAAGAUUGGUGUUAAAGCCCGCCAAUAUGAUGCCUUUGAAAUCGGAUUUAUAACCACAGAUGACUUCACAAAUGCGGACAUGUUGGAGGCAACUUAUCCAGCUGUUGCAAAGAGGUUACACGGUGAUUGGAUAUGCAAUCCUGCUAUUCCAAUUGUUACUGGCUUCCUUGGAAAGGGAUGGAGAUCAUGUGCUGUGACUACACUGGGUAGGGGUGGCAGUGAUUUGACAGCCACAACCAUUGGUAAAGCACUGGGGUUACGAGAAAUUCAGGUGUGGAAGGACGUCGAUGGUGUUUUGACAUGUGAUCCUAACAUAUAUCCACGUGCAGAACCUGUACCAUAUUUGACAUUUGAAGAGGCUGCUGAACUUGCAUAUUUUGGUGCUCAGGUCUUGCAUCCACAGUCCAUGAGACCAGCUAGAGAGGGUGAUAUUCCUGUGAGGGUUAAAAAUUCAUACAAUCCCAAUGCUCCAGGUACUGUCAUCACCCAUGCAAGAGAUAUGAGCAAGGCUGUAUUAACUAGCAUUGUUUUGAAACGGAACGUGACUAUGUUGGAUAUUGUUAGCACUCGCAUGCUUGGUCAAUAUGGUUUUCUUGCUAAGGUAUUUUCAACUUUCGAAGAUUUGGGCAUAUCAGUUGAUGUUGUUGCUACAAGUGAAGUUAGUAUUUCCUUGACAUUGGACCCCUCAAAGCUUUGGAGCAGAGAGCUUAUUCAGCAGGAACUUGACCAUGUCGUGGAAGAACUUGAGAAAAUUGCCGUUGUCAAUCUUCUUCAGCACAGAUCAAUUAUAUCUCUCAUUGGAAAUGUGCAGAGGUCAUCACUGAUACUAGAAAAGGCAUUUCAGGUUCUUCGAACUAAUGGAGUCAAUGUUCAGAUGAUCUCUCAGGGUGCAUCCAAGGUUAAUAUCUCGUUGGUUGUAAACGACAAUGAAGCCGAGCAGUGCGUUAGGGCUCUGCACCAGGCCUUCUUUGAGAACGAUCCCUUUGAAGUAGAGUGUGGAUCUGAGAAUGGUUCUGUCUGA